CUCCUUCCUCCUCAGAGCUAACAACAGGAAGCAUCGGGCCCCCACAGUGGAGCCUCCGUAGUGUCUUCCAGACGUGAUCUCAGGGCCAGCCUGGUGACGGGCCAGCAAAACCACCUCUGAGGAAGCCAGGACACGCAGUGCAAGGGCUCCAGGACCAAGCAGGGACAUGCUGGACCAGUGUCCACUGUUGCUCGCCCUGGUGGGGCUGCUGUCCCUUGGGCCUGUCCUCCCCCAGGAAUGUACCAAGUACAAGGUCAGCACCUGCCGGGACUGCGUGGAGUCAGGGCCUGGCUGCGCCUGGUGCCAGAAGCUGAAUUUCACUGGGAAAGGGGAGCCGGACUCCAUUCGUUGUGACACCAUGGAGCAGCUGCUGAUGAAGGGCUGUGCAGCUGAUGACAUCAUGGACCCCAGGAGCUUCGCUGAGACCCAAGUGGACCGGGCCCAGCGCCAGAAGCAGCUGUCCCCACAAAAAGUGACGCUUUACCUGAGGCCAGGGCCGGGGGCGGCGUUCAACGUGACCUUCCGUCGGGCCAAGGGCUACCCCAUCGACCUGUACUACCUGAUGGACCUCUCCUACUCCAUGCUCGACGACCUCAUCAACGUCAAGAAGCUGGGUGGCGACCUGCUCCGGGCCCUUAACGACAUCACUGAGUCCGGCCGCGUUGGCUUUGGGUCCUUCGUGGACAAGACUGUGCUGCCCUUCGUCAACACACACCCUGAGAAGCUGCGGAACCCGUGCCCCAACAAAGAGAAGGAGUGCCAGCCCCCCUUUGCCUUCAGGCACGUGCUGAAGCUGACAGACAACUCCAACCAGUUCCAGACAGAGGUGGGGAAGCAGCUGAUCUCCGGCAACCUGGACGCCCCCGAGGGUGGGCUGGACGCCAUGAUGCAGGUCGCCGCCUGUCCGGAGGAGAUUGGCUGGCGCAACGUCACGCGACUGCUAGUGUUCGCCACGGAUGAUGGCUUCCACUUUGCGGGCGAUGGGAAGCUGGGUGCCAUCCUGACCCCCAACGAUGGGCGCUGCCACCUGGAGGACAACAUGUAUAAACGCAGCAAUGAGUUUGACUACCCAUCGGUGGGCCAGUUGGCACACAAGCUGGCCGAAAGCAACAUUCAGCCCAUCUUUGCGGUGACCAAGAGGAUGGUGAAGACCUAUGAGAAACUCACCGAGAUCAUCCCCAAGUCGGCUGUCGGGGAGCUGUCCGAGGAUUCCAGCAACGUGGUCCAGCUCAUCAAGAAUGCCUACAAUAAAUUCUCCUCCAGGGUCUUUCUGGAUCACAACACCCUCCCCGACAACCUGAAGGUGACCUACGACUCCUUCUGCAGCAACCGGGUGUCCCUCAUGAACCAGCCCAGAGGGGACUGUGAUGGUGUGCAGAUCAACGUCCCGAUCACUUUCCAGGUGAAGGUCACAGCCACAGAGUGCAUCCAGGAGCAGUCCUUCACCAUCCGGCCGCUGGGCUUCACGGACACAGUGACCGUGCGGGUCCUUCCCCAGUGUGAGUGCCAGUGUCGGGACCAGAGCCAGGACCGCAGCCUCUGCAGUGGCAAGGGCUCCCUGGAGUGUGGUAUCUGCAGGUGA